UUUCCUUUUCAGAGUGGAGAGUUGCUCUGUCCUGCUGACUUUAUCGGGGGGGCUUGAAAGGAGCCCCGGUAUUUUGAACGCAGUUCUUGUCUGGGAGCAGCUUUGGAGCUGGAGCUGUGCCCACGGAGCUGUGUUUUCCCAGGGCACUGUGUGAAUGCUCAGCUGUGUUGGAAUGAAUUUGAGUGGGCAGCAGCAUAAGCCUGUUCUCAUUUUCCCUGGAAGACGCUGCUGCAUUGUCUUGUCUGCUCCCUGAAAGCCUCAGUGUUGUUUGUCAAAGGCUGGAUUCUGCAAGUGCCACGUAUGCAAAGAAGCCCUGAAUAGGAAGGACUGGCCGUGCUGGUUCUCAGCUCCUGACAGAAUUCCCAGCGCCAGGACAGCAGGCAGCAGGCUGAGCAAAGCAGUUUUUGUUCAACUCUUGGUAUUCCGUGGGCAUCCGCUCUCCCACACGUGAGAUGUGUGAAAUUGUCUGCUCGUGUUCUGAUAACUCCUGGGAUUUGCUCCCUGCUUGCACAAUCCGUGGUUUUGUGCCAUCAUUCUGAGGGAAUGGGCGAAGGUUGUUGGAGUGAAGGAUUUUCCCGUGCCAUGUGUGUGCUGGGAGCAGGUUUGGAAGCUGUCAGCAUCUCCCAGGUUGAUAUUUUGGCUGUGAAGCACCGUGUUUGCAGGGUGUCUGUGUGCUCUCAACCCCUCCUCCUGCCCCUCAUGGGCAUCCAAGGGACAAAAAGCAGGAUCUGGAUGCUGGAGCUCAGCAGUGCACGCUGGCUUUGGCAUCUGCAGCAGGGCUUUAUGCAGAGCAGUCAGCAGAUCCCAAAUCCCUGCUGAUAGCAUUAGGGAUGGUGGGAGAUGUGAACCAGGGGCAAUCAUGACCUAUCACCUGCCUCACCAAGGCGGGAUGAGAGAGCUGGAGAAGAUCUGGGUGGGCUGGGAAGGAAGAACUCCUGCCCAGGGCCUGAGCCAGCACUGGGGUGAAUGUCCUCCCUGCAGUGUCUGAAAGGAAAAGGUGUUUGGACAAGGAUGGGGGGCAAACACACCUCCUGUCCUUGGGAGCCCCAGGCAGCCCUUCCUGUUCUUGCACAGGCUGCAGUGCUUGCAGGGAUCCCUUGGAUGCUGAUUUCCAAGGGUGUGCCCCGUGUGAGCAGACAGGAAGGAGUCUUGUGCCUUAUCUCAGCUACUUCUAGGAAAUGAUGUCAGAUGCUUCCUUGUACAAGCUUUUUUCUCACCACAUCCUGUCUUUUACUGACAGCCUGCUUGGCUGCUCACCUUUGGAGCUCAGCUCCUCUGGAGCUGUGGGAGUUGAGCCUGUUUUGUGCUUUAUCUGAUUUAUUCUGGGAUGAAUGUGCUCCCCGCUGGUCUGAGCCUCUCUGGUGUGCUGCUUUGGAGCUGUUCAGGGAAAGGUUGGAGGGAUUUAUGGAAGGGUUGGAUCAGUGCUUGACGAGUGCCAUGGUCAGAACCCAGCAGUGGGAAUCACUGUCCAGGGGCUGCUGGACACACCUGAGCUUUGUCAGGUGUCUGCUCCCCUCUGUGCUCCCUCCAUGGAGCUGCAGCAGCUGGGGCAGCAAUACUGGGCUCCACAUCCACAGGCUUCUGCACAGGCCUUGGGCUCUGUCCCUGUGGAGCGACUGAGCUGCCGUGGUAAUGGCUGAUGCAAGUGCUCCCAAAGAAAAUCCUGUCUGAGAUUUGUGAUGGGAAUGGCUCCACAGGUACUUUUCAUUUUCUCUGUGCAGGAAAGGAAACACCGUCCCUUCUCCUGAAGACCUGAGCCAUGACUUAUUUGCUUCUGCAGUAAAACUGUGGAGUUAAAUAAACACAGUGUGAGAUUUGAGGUGUUUUUGAGGUGCUUGGCACCCUGUGGAUAAAUUUGCUCUUGGCUUGUGGCAGCUGCAGGCUCAGCUGGAGAACCAAUGUGCCACUUCUGCCUCGCUCUGUUUGGCCUGGCUGCCCUCUGACGAAAGCAUGGGAUUGUUCUGGCCCACUUUUAGGUGUCAAAAAUGGGUCACUGAGAUACAGAACACAUUAGUGUGACAAUUUUAGCCUGAAGGGACAGAGCUGGCUGAGAAGUGAUGCCUGUCAGUUUGUGAAAGUCAGGACUUUAGGUCAGCUCUUCUGAUCAAUGAGCUUGGUGCAGGCAUUGUUCACAGCCUCUGCUUGGAGCACAGGGGAGGUUGGGUUCACCUCCUUCUUUUUCUGGGUGGGAAGGACAGAAUUUGAGGAUUGGCUUUUUGAGGAGAAAAAGAAAAAAGCCUUCAAGAGCUGUGGGAUGGCUUGGGCAGGGCUCAGCAAUGGUGCUGGGGUCUGAGCAUUCUCCUGGUCCUGCCCUGCAUUUUAUCUCCUUCAUCACCUCUGAGACCUGGUGUGUGCUGAGGCCUCUAAUGUCUCGUGCCCCCUAGACAAUAUAAAACCAUAAAACCAUACAACAAGUGUCUUGGGUUGUGUUUCUUGUGCUGGCUGAUAGUCAAAAGGAAGAUCCUUGUGGAGAGGGGAUCACCAGUGCCUUGGUGUGGGAAACUUCUCUGAGCACCUCCAGGCUGGGAACACUCCUCUGUGUAAGGGAGAGGCUGAUCUUCCUUGUGGCUGUUUGAGGCAGCAGAACCACGUGGAUAAUUCCUGUUACCUGCAUGUGACACAUGCAGGAAUUAGCCAGCACUUGCUGCAGGAAGAGCUGCUCCAGAAGCACUUGCAGAGGCUGGGUAAAAUCCUGGGGCUCGUUGGGGCAGGUUGUGUUGAUCAUGGACAGUGAAGAAAUUCCUACUUUCUCGAGUCCAAAGGAGGAAACUGCAUAUUGGAAAGAGCUUUCCUUGAAGUACAAACAAAGCUUCCAGGAGGCCCGUGAAGAGCUGGCUGAAUUCCAGGAGGGAAGCAGGGAAUUAGAAGCUGAGUUGGAGGCACAGCUAGUGCAAGCUGAGCAGAGGAACAGAGAUUUGCAAGCAGAUAACCAAAGACUGAAAUGUGAAGUGGAAACAUUAAAGGAGAAACUGGAGCACCAGUAUGCCCAGAGUUACAAGCAGGUGUCGUUGUUGGAGGAUGACCUGAGCCAGACAAGGGCCAUCAAAGAUCAGCUGCACAAAUAUGUGAGGGAGCUGGAGCAGGCCAACGAUGACCUGGAACGUGCAAAGAGGGCAACAAUAGUUUCAUUGGAAGACUUUGAACAAAGACUGAACCAAGCUAUUGAGAGAAAUGCAUUUUUAGAAAGUGAACUGGAUGACAAGGAGUCAUUGCUGGUCUCUGUACAGAGAUUAAAGGAUGAAGCAAGAGACCUACGGCAGGAGCUGGCUGUGAGGGAAAGGCAGCAGGAGGUGACCCGGAAAUCAGCACCCAGCUCCCCCACUCUGGACUGUGAGAAGAUGGAUUCAGCUGUCCAGGCCUCUCUCUCCUUGCCAGCUACACCUGUUGGAAAAGGAUCAGAAAAUAGUUUUCCUUCCCCAAAAGCUAUACCAAAUGGGUUUGGUACCAGCCCACUGACUCCUUCAGCUCGAAUAUCUGCACUCAACAUUGUGGGAGAUCUGCUACGGAAAGUGGGGGCCUUAGAAUCCAAAUUAGCUGCUUGCAGGAAUUUUGCAAAGGACCAGGCAUCACGGAAAUCCUACAUUUCAGGGAACAUCAACAGCGCCGUGAUGAGCAGCAACGGCACAAAGUACCCACACCCAGGGCACACCUCCUUCUUUGACAAGGGGGCAGUGAACGGCUUUGAGCAGGGCCCCCCCGGCCUGGGGGGCUCCCGCCCGUCCUCGGCGCCGGGAAUGCUCCCGCUGAGCGUAUGAGCCCGCAGGGGGCUGGACUCGGAUGCUUUUCUCAGCCCACCUCCAGAAGAACUGCUCCCGAUUCCUCCCCAUUCCCACCCUGCUGGAACGUGGCCCUGAGAGGAGGCCCCAGCCCACGGCCCUCCGUGUCCUGUCAAUACAGUUUGUUUUCUGCUGUCGCUGUAGUGGACGUUCUCUGCCCCGGCCCCACGAGCUGCCACCCUCUGCUGUGCUUGGGGACACCGAGUCCUGCUCUGCCCGGGGGACAGGCCUGCCCUUCCCCUGGGCUUUCCCUCUCCUCUCACUUAGUUCUGACAGAGCCUCGGCCGCUCCUCUCACAGGCUGCCCUGUCCCUGUCCCCUCCCAGGCCCAGGAGCUGCUGCUCUCAGCCCUGGUGGCCGUGCCCUGGGGGAGGCCACUGGUGCCCUGGGCCAGGAGCACUUGGGAGCCGGGCCAGCCCCUGGCUGAGGGGCAGCUGCAGCCAGAGCAGGGCUGGCUGAGCAGCCCCAUCCCUGCAGCACAGCUGGGCGCACACAGUGACCGGGCUCCUCGGUGCCAGCCCAGCCUGCCCUGCUGCAGGGGGGGCAGUGCUGUGGCCAGGGCUGUGCCCUCAGGUGCCCCCAGGGCUGCCCCACAGCUCCCUGGCCCUGCUGGACUCGGCCUCCAUCCCUCACCCCACACAGCGACCCCACGGGAGCUUUAGGAAGCUGCUGCUCCCUCUGGCCCCAAGAGCCCCUGCCCAUCACCCCCUGUGCUGUAGGACUGGAUUGUGCAGCCUCACCUGUGGGCUUCUCUGACAGUUCGGGGCGACUGAACCUCGUGGGUCUUUCAAGCAACACAUUUGUGUGGUUUCUCUGUCCAUGUGCCUCAGUCAGUGGAUUUUUAGACUGAACCAGCAAACGGAGCCAGGGUUGGAGCUGAGGGUUCAGCAGUCGUCGUUCAGGGGCUCUGCAGCUCCCAGAUGGUUGAGUUACAAAUGCCGAGAAAAAAACCCCACUGGCCCAGCAGUGGAGGUGGGAUUGUCCCUUUGCCAUUAGGGUUUGUAUGGUCCUUCCUUCCUGUGCAUCCUCUGCUGCAUUUGACUGUUUACAUUUGUUUUAUUGUACAUAGAUUUGUAAACAUAAUACCUUUGCCUGAGGUCUUUGUACAUAACUUGGGCUUUGUAGCUUUAUUUAUUCAGCCUCUCUCUGGCAUGUUUCCAUAGGAUGUACCGUUCCACCCUGGUGCCACUGACAUGAUGUGGUUUCAAAAGAAUGAAAACAAAUGAGAGUAAUCUUCCAAAAAUAAAGUUCUUUUAAUGUGGAAUCAGUGGAUUUUGCAGAACCAGUGGCCAUGGCUCUUACUUUGUGCCGUAGGGUUUUCUGCCAAGCCCCAGGGCUGUCAAUUCCCAAAUGGGAUUGC